AUCAGCGUCCAAAUUGAUUCCCACUCUAGUAUUUAAAGGAGGGUUAUAAAGACAGACAUAUAGCGCUUGGUGCGGAACGCCUCAGACGCCUCUACAUCUUUGAACCCCGCGUUUUGCCAAGAGAGGAAGCCAUCGCCGUAAAACGUGUGUCAGGCACGGGGGUUUCAACUCUUGAAUAUCAAGGCAGCCGUACUAUUGACAUGAGUGCUAUUCAGGCCGCGCCCGUUGCCCGCCCCGAAGAUGAAUUGCAGAACGCUGUCUCCCAGUUUCGCACCGUGCUAACACAGGAUCAGCAAAUAGAACUACUGAGUGUUAACGCCAUCCCCGACGCCGAGUCAAUAGUUACCUACACCGCCGCGCUCGACGCAGAAAAUCGGGGUAGAAAAGGCCGUAGUGUAGGUAGCCGAGUAUAUAACGUCUUGCGAUCAGUCCGAGACUUCAGCGAGGUUGUUGGUAUCUUCGUAUCGUCAAACCCGCAGACUGCAGCCCUCGUCUGGGGCAGUAUCCGUCUCACCAUACAAAUUAUAUUGAAUUAUACGUCGUAUUACGAAGCGGUUUGCGGUUUAUUUAUGCAGAUUGGUCAGUUUUGCCCAGUUUUUGACGAAUACGCCUUGCUUUACGUCGACUGCAAACCGCUGCAGAAGUCUCUCUCAGAUUUCCACGCCUCCAUUGUAAGAUGCUGUAAGCAUAUAAUCGAGGCACUGAAUCGGCCAUGGCUCACACAGGUUUUUCGAGCUUUCUCUUCAUCGUUUGACACUGAGUUCCAGCCCGAUAAAGAGAAUAUUCGUCGUUGUAAUGAGAAUGUCAAAAUUUCAAUUGAUCUUGCCAAAGCGCAAGACGAUAAGCGACAGCUUAUCGCAAUCUCAGAACAGAGCAAAGAGAAUAGUGUUAUUGUUAAAGCGUUAGCAUCGAAAGCAAACGUUUAUACAAACAAGCAGUAUGAAAUAUGGAAGCAACAAAAGAGACAAGAAGCGCACACACGAAAGAAAAAGAUUCUCGAUACUCUUUGCCGGUACAAUCCGGAAAGAUUGUUGAAACAAAACCAACGGAAACGCUUUGGCAACACGGCAAACUGGAUUUUCCAGACCUCGGAAUUCCGCAACUGGAUUGACGAGAAAGGGUACCCUCUCUUGUGGUGCUUGGGGAAAAUCGGAUCAGGGAAGAGCAUUGUGACAUCUAGUGUGAUAGACCGACUCUUCCUCGAGAAAGGCCACUCAAAGGGCCCUAUAUCUUACUACUUUGCUCAUUUCAGUGAGCCAGAAUCAUUAAAUUCCGCAACAGUUCUGCGAUCUCUCUUAAAACAAAGGCUCCCUAGAAAGGCAAUGGACUUGCCCGACGAAAUUGAGACGAGACUUGAAGCAAUCGUUUCAGAUCAUGUCCCUUCGCUGACCAGCCUCCCCAGCGACUAUAGCGACCUUAUUGAUCUUGUCACAUUGCUUAGCGACGUUACCCCCGGUUCGACACGAUCGUAUAUUGUGAUUGAUGGGUUUGAUGAAUUCGUGCACUCGCAACAACUCGUGUUAUUCAAGGCUUUCUCCCAUUUGAUCAAGCUCAAUAGAAGCAACAAAAUAUUUAUUUCCUGUCGAGCGAGCCUCAAAGCGCAGAUACCCAAGUAUUUUCUUUCCCCACAUCAAAUAAUAUUGAUGGAGGUAGGAACGAAAAAUGAUAUCUCAGCUUAUAUUCACGGGAUGGUCCAUCAAAAGAUCGAGUCGGGAGAACUACGAGUUGGGCACGAUAGCUUGAUCAGUGAAAUCAUAGAGGCGCGGGGGCGCGGCGCAGAUGACAUGUUUCUAUGGGUGUUCUUUCAACUACAGGAGAUAUGCGCCCAACCUUGUGAUGAAGAUAUUCGCCGUACAAUUGCUGAUCUUCCACGGGAUUUGGAAGAUAUCUAUACUAGAAUAUUACGUCGAAUCGCGGUUAGGAGAGCCAGCAUGCCCCAGAAGGUUUUUCCGUGGAUUGCAGCUUCCAUGCGGCCAUUAACGUUAUAUGAGUUACGUGAGGCCAUCGCAGUUGAAAUCGGUCAACAGUAUACCAAGCCAGAGCGUCUUUGCAACGAUAUCGAUAUUAUGAUUUCGACUUGUGAGAAUCUGUUGCAUGUCGACGAGGAAGAUGGAUCGGUUCGAUUUGCCCAUCACACUAUCCAGACCUUUUUGUUGCAGGAACCCCCCGGAAAGGACGUUCAACACCUGUACAUUGAUCUCAAAGAAGCAAAUCAUUUCCUUGGAGAGAUCUGCCUUACAUAUAUUAAUUUCAACGAUUUCAAAAACGCCCUAAGCCAGCAGCCUAAAGAGAUAUACAAAUCUCCAGAUGCUGUUGUACAAGGGAUGGGCCCAGGGCCGCGUAAGGUUGUCAAUUUGGUGCAGUUGAUUUGGCCUACGAAACCAUCCAGGGCUAUCGCAAUCAAUCAAUUAUUUGCGAACAGGAAGGGAGAAACUCAAAACACACACGCUUUCUUUGAGUACGCCGAAACUUAUUGGAUAUUCCACUCAAAAGAUUUCGAGCGCGGCAAAUCUAAGACAUACGAACUUUGGGAGCGCAUCAUUACGCAAGGGUGUAAUUCCGCAACGCCGCCGUUAUUGUAUGGUUUUGAGGAUUCAAACCUUCUUCAAUUUGCUUUGGACUUACGACACUACGCAUUGAUCAGACUCAUACUUUCACAAGGAUUUCUGACUUCAAAACCAAUACUGAAAGACUAUCUUUUACAAUCCAUCAAAAAGGAUGAUAUGACCAUGUUUGAUUUCCUGCUACCUUUCCAAGAACCCUGAAGGGUAUUGAACGAAACACUAUAUCUAGCAUCUACACUUGGCAAUUUAAAGCUUGCAAAGCAACUUUUGCACCUUAAAGCCGACGCAAACGAUAUAUUU